CUGACGGCGGUGGCCAGUGAGUGUUCGGAUCCGGGCCUGGGCAGCGGCGGCGCCGCAGGACCUCGCACAGCGUCCGCGGGCUCCGGGGCGGGGGCGGCGGCGGCGAAGCCCCCUCCCCGGGGAGGCGGGGCCUGGGCGAGCCUCCCGGUCGGGGAGCGGCGGCGGCCGGGAAGGAUGCAUCAGAAGCUGCUGAAGAGCGCGCAUUACAUCGAGCUGGGCAGCUACCAGUACUGGCCGGUUCUGGUACCCCGCGGCAUCCGCCUCUACACCUACGAGCAGAUCCCCGUGUCCCUGAAGGAUAACCCGUAUAUCACCGACGGCUACCGGGCCUACCUGCCCUCCAGGCUGUGUAUCAAAAGUUUGUUUAUUUUAUCUAAUGAGACAGUAAACAUCUGGAGUCAUUUGCUGGGUUUCUUUCUCUUCUUUACACUGGGAAUAUAUGACAUGACAUCUGUGCUACCUUCAGCAAGUGCAUCCAGAGAAGAUUUUGUAAUUUGUUCUAUUUGUCUUUUCUGCUUCCAGGUCUGUAUGCUCUGCUCUGUGGGCUAUCAUCUUUUUUCCUGCCAUCGAUCAGAAAAAACCUGUCGAAGAUGGAUGGCAUUAGAUUAUGCAGGAAUUUCUGUUGGAAUACUGGGCUGCUAUGUCUCUGGAGUAUUUUAUGCAUUUUAUUGUAAUAAUUAUUGGCGUCAGGUGUACCUGGUCACAGUGCUGGCUAUGAUCCUGGCCGUGUUCUUUGCGCAAAUCCAUCCCAAUUACCUCACUCAGCAGUGGCAGAGGCUCCGCUCUGUCAUCUUUUGUUCUGUUACGGGCUAUGGAGUGAUUCCUACUCUUCACUGGGUUUGGCUCAAUGGAGGCAUCAGUGCUCCUAUUGUACAGGACUUUGCACCCCGUGUAGUUGUGAUGUAUGUGAUUGCUCUUCUUGCUUUCCUAUUCUACAUUUCCAAAGUUCCAGAACGGUACUUUCCAGGACAACUAAACUACCUCGGAUCAAGCCACCAAAUAUGGCAUAUCCUUGCAGUAGUGAUGUUAUAUUGGUGGCAUCAGUCAACAGUGUAUGUUAUGCAGUACAGACAUAGCAAGCCUUGUCCUGACUAUGUUUCACAUUUGUGAAUUCAGGUAUGGCCACCUGGUAUAUUCAGUUGUUAAGCAAUAUAUAACGGGGAGUUGUAUACCCCAGUAUUUCUAAGAUUCCCAUUAGUUUUUCCUUUUUCCUCUUCUUUAAUAUAUCAUGAGUAAUACUUUAUAAAAAUAUACUUGGGGACCUGUAACUGUAACUGUUUUACAGGCCCUUAAAACUACUAAUUUGCUGCUUGUACACAAAGUGAAAAUUAGUUGGCAUUCAGAAGAAACAUCUGAAUAACAAUGAAUGUAAAUAACUGGUGUAGAAAUCGUAUUCAUUUAACUUAACACCAGCUUCAUUUCCUUAGGAAGGGCUCACCUCCAUUAUAAAAUGGAGCCAUCCUAUGUGAUUACUUUGAUAGAAAGUAUUUACAGUAGAUGAUCAAGUGCCUAAUCAAGGCAAGGGUUGCGAUAGCCUAUGCUUAACACAAGUUAGGAGAGCGAUUUCGAAUCAUCACUAGCAUUUAAAUACAUGGUCUGUGAGAAACUGGCAUAUAAAAUAUUUCCUUUAGCUGUAGGUUUUCUUCUCCCUAGGAACAUUGGAUUUUUUAAGUUCGCUGGAACAAAAACUUUAAGGCUCUUCUCCUUUAAGUUGAGAGAAGCAUUGAGAAGAGGAAAAGAACUUGCAUUGUCAUUUCCCAUCAGAUAAGAAUCAUAUGAAAACCUGAUUGUGUGAUCAGGUGACAAAUUCUGUCGUCUAAUAACCAAGCAGUUAAUAACCAACCAGUUAAGCUUUUUAAUUUCAGAUAUUAUUUAAGUCCAUAUAAUUAACGCUUGCCAGUGUAUUGCAGAUUUUUGGUUCCAAAAUUCCUACACCAGAAGAGCUUUCAUCUCUGAAUUUGCAGUCCUAAAUUUCCUGAUGAUGGGGGUUCCCAGCUAUAUGGGUGCUACUUUCAAGGCCAUAGAAUCCAGAUGGCCCAGUCUUGACCCUGAAAUGUUACCUUAAGCCUUAGAACAAAGUCAUGCAGAUGCCCCAUUUGAUGACGGAUUAUUCACCUGUGCUCUAGUAUUUCUCUGUGUAUGCAUGUGUUGAUAAGUCAAAAGUAUUGAUAUAUACUAUCUAAUAUUUGGGCCUGAAACAUUGAAUUGGCUUUUUCUUGUAUAUAGUUAACAAAUAAAUCUCAAUGCCCUAUCAUACAACAGUUAA